CGUCGAUAAUCACACUCUCUCAGACUACCCAGUAGCCAUGUAAAAGACCGAGAGCGAGCCCAGAACGACACCUGGCCGCCAGCUGGCCACCAAGACACUUCAUAAGACACAAUGGUCAGGAUACGAACUGGAGUUCAUGACGCACUCGGUCGAUUACUUUUCUAUCCUUUACACCUCCUCCUUUUGGAAGUUUGGUAGAAACAAAUCAUCAGUGUUCGCUUUGCCGCGCAAUGGUCAACAACGGGCGACCAUCGAGAUGUUGUUUCCCCUGCAGAAAAAGGAAGCUCCGGUGCGAUCUCGCGCCUGGAGGAUGCGGGCAGUGUCGGAGAGCCAAACUGAACUGUCAUGGGUACCGCGACUCUAUCCAACUUCUCUUCCGUGACGAGACCAAAAUCACGGCUUCCAAGGUCUCGGCCCGAUUAACUGCUGCUGCUGCUGCUCGCUCUCACGUCUCGAUACGGGAUACUCCCAAUCCCACAUGGGAGGACAUCUCCCGCGACACCUUUCUCUCCCUCUACGUCGUCGGGCUCAGCCACACCUUCGAUACCCUCCCCGCUCUCCUGACAAACUCCCCGCCCAGCAGCCACUUACACAUCAGCCUCGGCGCAGCUGGUCUUGCCUUCAUGUCCUUCCACCUCAACCGGCACGAUCUACUCCUCCUCGCCAGCAAGAAAUACGUCGCUGCCAUUCGGAGCAUCAGAUCGGCACUAAACACUAGCAACAACAGCGACUUGCAACAUGGCAACAACAACGACGAAGUCAUCCAGUCAGCACUCCUCCUUGACCUAUACGAGAAGAUUGCCAACCGCCAUGAGCACCAAUCUGCAUCGUGGCUGAGCCACGCCCGGGGCGCUCUCCAUAUGGUCUGCGACCGCGCUAACACUGACUUCUCCAAUCCGACCACCUGCCAACUCGCCAACAACGCCACCGUAGUCCUCAUGAAGAGCUGCGGCAUCGCUGGCGUCCCCGUACCGCCCUCGCUGCUGGCCCUGCGCGAGGACCUCAACAGCUACGUCCGCGACGCCAAGUGGAGCUUCACGGGUCUCGUCGUCGGCAUCGUCAACCUUCGCGCCUACAUGCAGGGCCUGGCUUCGGGCGCAGCCUGUCCGAACGUGGUGCUGCGCCGGGCCAAGAUCUUGGACGAGCACAUGGCUCUCGUGGAGAAGCGGCUUCAGCGCUCGUGGAAAGCUACGCGGACUUUCACGGUUGCGUAUAACCCGCUCAUCUUUGGGCGUUACUACGACGUCUAUCCGAGUCACCAUGCGACGCAGGUUACCAACGCUGUUCGGAUGAUGCGUUUGGAGUUGAACAGCAUCAUUCAAGAUGUGGGCCACAACGAAGAGCCCACCAUGGCGAGUCUGACCCGAGAGAUUAUCCAGGAACUCACUCGGCACUUGUGUGCGGCCGUGCCCCAGUUUUUGCUGUUGAUUGGGGAUGAAGCAACCAGCUUACCAGUAUACACCCUACCACCGCUACAGAGGCUACACUGUUGUACAAUGUUGACGCCACUGUACCUUUCCUUUUGUCUCACAGAAGAUUCGUAUAUGAAGGAAUGGAUUUCGCAGAUUCUUCUGUAUAUGGCGGAACACGGAGUCAAGUUGGCGAGUGACGUUUUCCAGGUGAUAUCGUCAGGUAGACUUGUAGAUUAUUGGGUUCUUUAUGCCAUAGUUGGUAGCUAUGCCAUUGCAGCUUGAUGAAAAUACAGCCAAG